AUGCCGCCGCCCCGCCGCCCAUCGCCGCCGCCGUGUGCCCUGCGCCGGCUCCCCGGUACGGAGCGGGGCAGCGGAGCCGGACACCCCCGACAGCCCCGCCGGGCGCUGCCGCUGCCGGGGCCGGGCCGGACCGGAAGGGCCGGGGCUGCUCCGCGCCCCCCAGCGGCCCCGCCGCGCGUUGCGCCGCUCCGGCCAGCCCCGGUGAGCUCCGGUCAGCCCCGGUCAGCCCCGGUCAGCCCCGGCCAGCCCCGGUCAGCCCCGGUCAGCUCCGGUCAGCUCCGGCCAGCCCCGGUGAGCUCCGGCCAGCUCCGGUCAGCUCCGGCCAGCCCCGGUCAGCCCCGGUCAGCUCCGGUCAUCCCCGGUCAGCCCCGGUCAGCCCCGGUCAGCUCCGGUCAGCUCCGGUCAGCCCCGGCCAGCCCCGGCCAGCCCCGGUCAGCCCCGGUCAGCCCCGGUCAGCUCCGGUCAGCCCCGGUCAGCUCCGGCCAGCCCCGGUCAGCCCCGGUCAGCCCCGGUCAUCCCCGGUCAGCCCCGGUCAGCUCCGGUCAGCUCCGGUCAGCCCCGGUCAGCCCCGGCCAGCCCCGGUCAGCCCCGGUCAGCUCCGGCCAGCCCCGGCCAGCCCCGGUCAGCUCCGGUCAGCUCCGGUCAGCCCCGGCCAGCCCCGGUCAGCCCCGGUCAGCUCCGGUCAGCUCCGGUCAGCCCCGGUCAGCUCCGGUCAGCUCCGGUCAGCCCCGGUCAGCCCCGGUCAGCCCCGGUCAGCUCCGGUCAGCUCCGGUCAGCUCCGGUCAGCCCCGGUCAGCUCCGGUCAGCUCCGGUCAGCCCCGGUCAGCUCCGGUCAGCCCCGGUGGCACCGCCGGGGUUCGGGUGACGCCCCUGGUGCUCUGA